AUGACACAAUUAUUGAGCGCCGUGCUGCUGGCAUGCAGCCUACAGCUGGCACGAGCUGCAACGCCCAUUCAAUUGUCCAUCUCACCACCAAGCAAUGCCAGUGCGCCCAUCCGGAAGUCUUUUGUGUCAUUCAGCAUCGAGUUCUCGUCCUUCCCAGAUUUUGCCGGAAACAAUAGCCACCCCAACAACUUCUCCUACAACCUUUUGAACAACCUAGAUGGGCUUCAGGGUAGCAAGCCGAUCAUCAGGGUGGGUGGGAACACUCAGGAUUAUGCGACCGUCAAUGCUAGUCAAGAGGCAGCUCUUAUAGGCUCGUACGACUUCAACAAAUCGAAGGACUAUCCGACUACGAUCAGCAUUGGUCCAGCUUAUUUCGAGUCCUACAACACAUGGCCUGGGUAUGAGUAUAUUCAUGGACUGAACAUGGGCAAGAACGGCACGAUCGGCUACCAAACACUCGUUCAAUCCAUUCCACUGAUCUGUAAGGCGUUGCCUGUCGACAAGCUUGCGACCAGUCCGACCACCGAGCUGGAACGAAUCUGCUACGUGGCCGAAUACAUCGAGAAGACCCGCCUCAUCCGUGACACCGUGAAGCUGAACUGCCCAGAAGUGAUUGAGUCUGGGAAGCUUCGAUACUACAGUCCAAGCUUCGCUGGCACCUCGAACAGCCUCAACAUCAUCAAGACCUUCCAAGUCGGGCUCGACGAAGACGGUGGGAUAGCAUUCAUCGACAGUCAUAACUACAUGGGCGGCGCAACUCAGCCUGGCGUGACACUACAGAAGACUUUGAUGAACCACACGGCUGUCGUGCUCAAUGUCAAUAAGCACUUGAACGAGAGUACGCUGCUUAAGAGCCUUGCAGGCAUUGAUCUCCCGUACUUGCUUGGGGAGACGAACAGCCUGUACAAUCAAGGUGCGCCAGCCUUGUCGAACAGCUUCGGUGCGGCUCUUUGGGGAGUCGACUUCAACUUGUACUGCGCGGCCACUGGGAUCGCACGUGUCCAUAUGCACCAGGGCAACAAUUAUCGGUACGCGGCAUGGCAGCCAGUCGACACGGCCAACGAGACGAUUGGAACCAAGGCACCAUACUAUGGCAAUGUGAUGGUCGCGAGCUUCCUUGGUAACCUGACUGCUGGUAACGUGUCCGUUGCGAACAUUGAUCUCGGCAAUACCAUCUACGAAAGUGCUUAUGCGGCAUAUGUUGAUGACAGACUUGAACGUAUUGCUUUGAUCCACAUGCAAGAGUACAACUACACGGUCGGUGGGCCGAAUGCAGGACGCCAGAAAGCUGCAUUCACGUUGCGGCUGCCGGUCAAUUCCGGUGUGUCAGCUGUUGAUGUGAGCAGACUGAUUGCGAAUGGAAGCAACGCUAUCACUGGCGUCACUUUCGGUGGGGUGUCCUAUAAUUACGAGCUGAACGUGGGCAGGCCUGUGAAGCUGGCGAACACGACUGCUGUUGAGACGAUCAAACCCGAGGAUGGUUCAAUAGAGAUUGACCUGCCCUGGAGCAGUGCGGUCAUCUUGCAGUUGAAGUACUGA